CAAUGCUCGUCUUGGUGAUGUUUGGUAUCAGAUUUGGUUAGCACGCACUUGCUGGCUUCCUCUCACCAAUUCAUCCUGUAAUGUUUAGAAUUACAACAUAAAAUCGAUAUAAAUCAUCUUCAUUCUUAACAAGAAGAAGCUCAUUGCAUGUUAGAUUGCUUUUUGCGUGUUAUUAUUUGGUUAAUUCUUUAAAUAACGGCAAUCUUGCAAGAUGUCUUAUAACACGCAUUCAACAGGAUCAUUGUCUGAUGAAAUCAUUAUUAAAGGCCUAAGUCAUGAAACGACAGAAGAACAUGUGGGAUACAAAGGCGUUUAGCUAUUUUUUAACUGUUGUUGCUAACAUCCAAUCUGUAACAGAUCAAAGAAGCUUUACAGGACACAGGCGCAGAAUAUACGUCAAUUACAGUUAUUCGUGAUAGAGAAACGAAGAAAACCAGAGGAUUUGCAUUUGUUCGGUUCUGUUCGCCAAAUGAUGCAAAACUAUGGAUGGAAGAAAACUAUUCUUCGUUCUCUGUGAACGGAAGGAAUGUCAUUGUGAAGUUCUCCAAAGAACAGCGGGAUCCGGCGGAAGGAUGGUCUUGUCAAAACUGUGGUUCCAAGAAUUACCCACGAAGAGAGUUUUGUUUUCAUUGCCGCGUGCACAGAAACCAAGCUUCCUUGUCUUUACUACCGCUUCGGAAUGAACGCAAAGGCGAUCGUGAUGUUUCGGAGGACAUUCCCUCUGUAUACAUGCUUAUCCGUAACCUUGACACAUCCUUGAACGCAACAGUCAUUUUAAAGGGUCUUGAAAAGUUACUCAUUCCAGUGCAACGCUUGCUCAUGGUUCGUUACAAAAGCAAUGACGCUUUCUGUGGAUUUGUAUUUGUAGAGUACGCAAAUGUUGAUGAGACAGCAAAGGCUCUUCGAAACGCAAGGACAAUGCCCAAUCGGGGAUUCACCAUAUCGUCGCGCAGGGUUUCAGCAACCUAUAUUCACCCGGGCGUAUUUGUACCAGCGUACGGUCCGUCACAGCAAUGGAUGUUUCCGACACGCACAGGCCAUGUCGUUUACUGGGAUCCUGAAUUGUAUUGCGAAGUAACCAUACCGGAAGGUAUAAGCCCUGAUCAGUUUUUGCCUGUUGCUAUUCCUGAGCAAAAAUCGAAAAAAGAGAAGAGAAAGAGAGACUUGUCGAAACUGAAUCCAGGACCAACAAAAAAGGUGUCCAUGACACUUGCCCGUUGGCAAGGAGCACAAGAAGAACUUCGAGACAACAUUCCAUCUCUUACUGAAGAAGAUGAGUAUGUGCUGAUGCAAUACGCAUGGAAGUCUGCUCUUGUGUGUGUGCUUUGCGAGCGAAGGUUUCGGUCGUGGGGACACAUGGUAAAACAUGUUACUCAAUCUUUUAUGCACAACAGCAAGCUACACAGCAAAGAAGCCAUUGAUAAGGCUACGGAUCUUAUGCGACAAGUUCGACAAAUCGAGCAAGAAGGCGGCUACCGAGAUCGUGCUACUGAAAGACGCCGUAUUGUUGCAUUUGGAGGAGAUCAAGACGACGACAAUCUAACAGCGCAUGAACCGUUAGGAGCCACAACUAUGCCAUCGACAUCCCGAACAGAAGAAGAUGAAGGCCCCACUGCUUACUUGCCUGGAUCAGGUUUGGGACAUCGAGAAGGUCGUUUUCGAAUGAAUAUGACACCUGUUGGUCGGGUCAAAGAUCGCGCUAGAAACUUGUAUUUCUCAUCUACUUCAAAUAAUUCAUCUAAUUCUACUUAAGCUAUGUUUGUUUACGUGUCGCGUUUUGCAUUUAGGGUCGCGUCGGCAUAAUAUAUGUGACUGCUUUUCUGGAAAGAUAAAAUACGCGGGUUUACGCUUCUCAUCCCCUGUCCUUCGCGAA